UAUCACGUAAAAUUAUCGUCCGUAAACAGACUUUACAGACAACCCCCUUUUUUUGUCAAACAGUUACUCUGAUUUCAUAAAAUUUCUGUAGUUAUAUUUCUACACUCGUCUAGUAACACCGAACUUUCCAUUGAUUCUACUAAAAAUUAAUUACCCUAUACUCCUGUGCUGUUUUCUGCUUGCAAUAUUUGAGGCAAAGGACAUGGAAUUUCAGCAGUGGCAUCUAAUUCUGAAGUAGAAGCAAGUACAGAAUUUUUAGAUCUUUCUUUGGAGAUAUGUCAUUUAUUCACUUUCCCUUAGAAUAAUUUCCUUUAACAGCUCUGGUCGAACAUAGUUUUCCCAAGUUUGUAGGAUGUAGGUUUUUGAACUAAUAUGUUCAUUGUUAACAUAAUAAAGAGCUGCAGCAACGUGUUUACAGCAGUUUCAAAGUCCUGCGAGGCUACAACAUUUUAUACUUAUAAUAUUUCUUUUGUUGUCAAUUUAUGAAAACAGAAUAAUGAAUGAAUAAACGAAAAAAACAUAACAGUGAAAUAUAAAUGCACAAAGAUAAAUUACUUAACACAAGAGUUACUUGUACUUGGUAGGGUGGAAGUGAAACAGACAUUUGCUGAAUAACUUUUGAUUUUGAUACAGACAAGUCACCUCUGUUUACUUCUUUGACAUUAUUCAGACGUGCACUAAUGCAUAUGGUUUUUAAUUUCAACAGUACAUAUCACUAAUGAUGAUAUUUUCAAUCAGCAGGAAAGCACAUGUAGUAUCUACACCACACAUGCAGUCCGUGUCCCGGGGAUCAAUGGGUCGCGACUCGUGACGGUCCUGCAAGCUGCUAGCUAGUGAAACACUGCGCAGCGCCAGACCCGUGCACGGAGCCUGCAGUGACAGCUGUUGUCAGGAGAUGAAGAGAGCAUCAGUGCAGCAGCAGUUGCCAAGGAGAUUAUCAGGAAAAGGUUGAAGGCUUCCAUGAGCUUCAUGGGACAGUGUAAACAGUGUGACAAUGAGCCAACCAGAGCAGUCGGAAGCAAAACUUGACGAGUGCUUUGUUUUAUAUCUGUCGUUCGCCACAGCAGCGUUGCAACAUGUUCGGGCGCACGAAGAGCCACUGUGUCGGGCGUGGCUGCACAAGCUCGGAGCCCAGCCGGCCGUGGGGGGAGCCUCCAAGAAGGUGCGGAACGUGUACAUGUUCAACCUAGUCCUGCAGAUGCAAGAAGGGGCCCUCAAGACCCCCUUCUCGACACCGCCGCCUGCCGGCAAGCUCAGGCCCCCCGCCGAAGUCUUCCCGCCCGAGAAAACAACCACCAAGGAACCCGCGUGGCUGCAGGCCAUCGCCCGGGGCACCGGCGCCGACCUCCUGCACUCGUCCAAGGACGGCCGCCUGUUCCUGACCUCGCGCUACCUGGAGAACGGCCAGGGGGCCAUGAGCUACCUGGCCAUCAGCGUGGCAGACAAGGAGCCCUUGUUCCUCACGCCCAGCCAGGGAUCCCCUCCAGCCAAAGUCAAGGACUCCGACUGCAAAGAAGAAAGCUUGUCCUCAGCGUGUUGUUCGGAAGAGCGUGGCCGGAAGGGAGAGAGCACGAAGCAGAGUAACGGACCUGACAGACGAGGGCGCUGUACGGUUGCAGCCGAAGCACGGAGGGAGAGGACGGCCGAACCGCAACCCCCGUGUGGUCCGUCGGUCACGCAGCGAGAACGCCCGCCGGUGGUUCAGGCAUCCACGGCCUCAGCCCCGUCCGACAGGGCCCCCACUCUGGAAACGGCCGGAGAACGAAUGCCGUUGAAGGGUCACACGUUGCGGAAGAUUUUCAAAACCAUGUCUAACAUUUCAUCGCAGCAAACCACGUUUUCAUCGAAGUUCCAGGUCGGGAUGGAGCUCCGCACAGCAGCUGAUCCGUCUGCGACGGGCGAGGCCCGGGAGCAUGCGAACCUCGACGCCUCGAGACCGACUGUACUGCAAGUCAGGGCGACCGGGAAGAAGAACAGCCACCUGAACGAAGCCACCAGGGAACAGGACUCUCCCAGGGAGAGGUCCACGGAUGACAAGAGGCCUCGGAAUGUCUCUCUGCCGGCAGCUGGGAAGGAACCUGCUGUGAGCGUCCGGUCGAGCACGUCUGUGUCCCAGCACAGCUCGGCUCCCGGGACGAGCAGGAGUGGGGCGACAGUCGCGGUCAGCGUCCGCAGUCAGCAGGGCUGUGCCUCAUCGCGAGGCGUCUCUGCCGAGUUGGAGGCCAGCGCAGAGGAUUCUGAUCUUACAGAGCUGUUUGAGCGGCGCGGCGCGGCGGCGGAGCGUCGGGAGCUGCUGCGCCGGCUGGACAGCCUCGUGAGGCACACGGACGAGGUGCUGAGGGGCCGAGCGCCGCCCGGCCCCGAGCUGCUGAGCCAGCUGAGGCAGCUGGGCGUGAGGUACCAGACCCUGGUGAGGUCCCUGCCCGCCGACUCCCGGCCCCUCUGGCUGCUGCGGCUGCUCAGGGACAAGCUCCUGGGUCUGCGGCUCAAGUUUGUCAAGCGCAUGACCAAGUUGGACUGCAUCCACGAUGCGCUGCCAGCCAACCAGAAGCAGAAGAAACAUCAGCAUCAACACCCAGACUUAACAGAGCAGUUCCGAGCUGAGGAUAUUGAUCUAGAGUGGAGGGCCGAAGUGUUUCGAAUGCCAAGCCCAAAGGUUAUGUCGGACCUUAAGAAAACCUACCACACUGAAGUUGUCAACAGGUUCCUGCACUAUCUGGUUCAAGAGAAAAUUGCAAUCCUAAAAAAAUACCAGAGCAAGUUUAGCAAAAAGGAAAAACAUCUGAAAGCUGAGUUGCAACAGGAAAUUCAAAAGGGUUAUGAAAAUUAUAACGCCGUGCUGGCGGCGUGCCGGGAAGUGGACCACGUGCUCGGAGAGAUCAGCGAUGCCGUGGACGGCUGCAGGAAGUGUCCCGAGACGCAGAAGGAGAAGCAGCGGCUGCGGAGGCUGGAGGCCAAGUACGCGGCGAUGGCCCAUGAACUGAAGGACCAGGUCGGCAAGGCCUGUUCCACCCUGAAGUUUGAGACGCAGCGCUCUCGCAACCUGUGCGACAUGAUCGAGGCGGAGAAGAGGAGGCUGGAGCAGAUGGACCACACCUUCCGGGAGAGCAUGAGCAUGAAGGAGGCGCACAAGAAGGAACUGGAGGAGGAGAUCGUGCGUUUGUCUUGCGAGGUCGACACCAAGUACCAGAAUAUCAUCGACCUCAACGCGUACUUGUAGCCCUGGAUCAGGCGCCGGCUUCACCAAGCGAACUUGUUACAAAUUUUUGUGUGAUGUCUGUUAAGUUCUGUCUACAUUUCUGUUUGUUUAAUUAAUUAUAUGUGUAAUGCUGUCAUGACAAAAUGUAUGUAGCUUUACAAGCUUUUAUUUAUUAUAUGGGAAUAAAUCAUAUGACACGUUAAAUAACACACUAUAUGGUAAUCAUGCAUACUCACCUGAGAUUACUUUUGUAAGAUUUUAUGAACUCAAAAUAUAAAAUAUUAAAUAAAAA